GCAUUGCCCUAGUUCGGACCCUGAGAAACUAUUCUCGGUCCGUUCCCACUUGAUUCUCAAUUUCUCUUCCUGUCGCCCGCCAAGUUUGCUUACUUAGAGGGGAAUCUUCAAUAAUCUUCUUAUUACUCUUUUUUUAUCUUUUUUCUUUUCUCCUCCCUUGACCGAAGAAAACAUAACUUCGACGCAGAGCAAAGAAAGAAAGAAAAAAAAAAUACUCCCCACAAUAUAGAUUGAUACAUCGACAUCUUGAUCUCAUUGAAUAUUAACUGAUUUACUUGAUAUACACUUCUAUUUACCUACUUGGAUUCUUGUCACACGCCAUUUUGCGGAGCCGAACCCGCGGAAACCCAGAGUCACAGCAUACGUUGAUGUCCCAGGUGCAUUGCACCACCAAAGUGGACAACGAAUAGAAUUGACCGAAUGACUAUUCCACCUCCUGGCUCCAGAAUCGGAUCAUUAUGGCAACCCCUACUACCGCUACUGCUACCACCACCGCCUUUACUGCUUCUACUAACUUGAACGGCAACCCUAAACCAAGACCACAGCCAACCAAACUAUCUAUAACCCCUAUCUCAGCUGCAUCUUCCCCCGCCUCGGUUGCUUCGCCCAUUUCGACUGUUUCUACGCCAACAUCGACGCAUCAACUUACUAUCAAGCCUGCUGCCACAGCACUACAGGCAACCACUAAUAUGGCCGCUGUCGCCCUUUCAAAGGGCUCAAUUACUAGCAAGGAAUGGGUGGUUCCGCCGAGGCCUAAGCCUGGUCGGAAGCCCGCCACAGACACACCGCCAACUAAGCGAAAGGCCCAAAACCGAGCAGCUCAGCGCGCAUUUCGCGAGCGAAGGGCUGCACGCGUAGGAGAAUUGGAGGAACAACUCGACGAACAGAAGGAAGAGUAUGAUCGAGUACAACAGCAAUUGACGGAUCAUGUUCACGAAUUGGAGACAGAAGUGCAAACUCUGCGGAGCAAAUGUGUGUCUCUUGAAGACCUACUGGAGAAGGAACGGAUCGAGCGGGCCAAAAUGGCAGAUGAGCUCGAGACCCUUCGAAGAAGGUGGAGAAACGAAGGCUCAAGCGUAUCUUCGAGGAAUGGAAGUUUCAUUGCCCACCAUGGCCGGUCAUCCAACGCAUCAGCUAUGAUAUCUCGACAUCAAACACCGCGAGGAAGCAUUGCAAGUAACGCACCGGAACAUCGCAAUUCGACCACCGCCUUCUCGAUCUCGCAAAUUAUCUCCCCUCCCGAUUCAUCCGAUUCUUCUAGGGCCGCUCGAGAAUCUUCAACGGAUCCCACGGGUUGUGGAAACUGUAACUCUACGGGACCAUGUGUGUGUGUUGAUGAAGUUCUUGCCAGUGCAUCUGUUGGAUGCGGCAAGUGCACCAUAGGUACCAAGUGCGAAUGCCUAGAAGCUGUCAUUAAGGGGCCCGCUCCGAGCUCGGAUACUGAACUCAAGCGAAAGUCAUCGUCGAUACCUGCCAUGGCCCCAGAAGAGAAGAGGCAGAAGGUGCCGGAGCCUUACCCUCACGAGAUCGACUUCACAUCUAUGUUUGCCAAAAAGAAGGCCACUGUUACAGAGCCAGCCCUGUACCAACCCGUCACUCAAUCUGCUGUACCGCCACGUGACUCUUGCGGGUUCUGUAAGGAGGGCACCUACUGCAUGUGUGCCGAGGCCGCCGCCGCUUCACAAAACCUUGCACCAGUGUCCCAACAAGUCCAGACUCCACCCCCUUCAGAGAACGAUGUCGGCCCUGCCCCUAUGGAAGUCACGUCCACUGGAGCAAUUAAACUACCGGGUAUAAGUUCUUUGAAUCGUACUCCGAUCCCGGCAUCGCGCCCCUCAUCCGGCUGUGGUCCCAACGGUCCCGGAAGUUGUGCCCAGUGCUUGAAGGAUCCCAAGUCGGGCCUCUUCUGUCGUAGUCUUGCUGCGAACUUUGCUCGUAGUGCAGGGAAGUCCAGUGGUGGUUGCUGUGGUGGCUCCGGCGGUUCCAGAUGUUGCAAAUCUACUGAAGGAACAGCGACGCCCACCGGAUCGACGUCCAACGUCAGUCUAUCUUGCGCAGAUGCAUACAAGACACUCUCUAGUCACCGUAACUUUGAGAAAGCAGCUGAUGAUAUUGGUACUUGGCUACCGAGACUGAGGGCUGCUCCACCACCAUCGAGCACGCCAACUAGGCUACCCAUUGAGGUUGAGGCAGCUAGCAUAAUGGGGGUGUUGAGAGAAUUUGACGUUAGAUUCGGCAGAGAUGGUUGAACUCUAUUCAUUCUACUAAGGGAACUGGGAGGUUAUGAAAACCGUCUGAACAGACGAUGUGACUAUAUGAGAUACGGUGCGGAGGGAUCAUUAAUCCUACGGCGUUUGAAAAAGGGGUGGCGGUCAAUUGUUACAGGCACACAUGCGUUAGAGGAAAGGUGGCCUUACCCAGUUGUUUUCUGGGCUUGCAUUAUCAACCACGGUAAUUGUCUAUAUGAGGAGGUCAUGAGGGUGGCUUCUUCGUGCUGAUGACUAGCUGGCUACUUGAGGCCAUGAAGUCAUUCGCACCUAUUUGUAUAUUCCAAAAGCGAUACCAUUGAACUUAAAGUGGUUCGAAUACAUCACUGCUUCUAAU